CAAACAUCCCAAAUUAUUACCUAGAUUCUAAAUUGGUCUUUAAACUUCAAAACGUGUUAUUUGGAUCUUCAAAGUAUCAAUAUCUUAUUUAUCAAGUCCUCCCGUCAGCCUAGCCAUUAGUUUGGGUGUUAAAUGCCAACUUGGGUUUGACAUGGAGCAUACUUGAAAUACAAAAAUCAUAUUUUAAACACUGAUGGCUUGGCUGGUCCGGUGAUGGAUGGACUUGAUUGAUAUAAAAAAGACACUUUGAUGAUUUAGUUAAAAUGUUUUGCAGUUUUGGACCAAUUUAGAAUUUGAAUCAUCAUUUGGGGACAUCCGAUGGAAUUAAACCCCCUUUUUUCAGUUUGUAAGUACCUUUAGUGUAGUGGGUUCAAUGAAAACACAGAUUUAUUCUCCAAAUGAGGGAAGUUACAGGAAGAAAUACGACAAGCUGAAAGAGCUAUUUGAUUAUCUUGAAAGUAUAAGGCAAGAAUUUGAAUCCAUUGAGAGACCAAUUCUGGAUCUUGAAAAUCCAACUCAUAUAUCAGAGUCACCAUCCACCACCAAGUCGCCGAUAAGUCCUUGGUCACGACUAAAGUCUUCCUUAAAGAAAACGGAUCACAAAAAACUGAAGUUCGAGUUGGAACAAGACUACGAAGUGAGUCUAGAGGAUGAAACGGAUAAAAUCGAAGAGUGGGAAUACGAUGCAUUCGAGAAGGAACCUUAUACCCAACUAGCUAACCAAAUAUCUGCCUAAUCUAUCUAGUUUGCAUGAUGAAGAAGCUACCCUUACUGUUUUUAAAGGUUAGAAAAAAGGGUGUAAGAUUACGUGUUACUGAAGCAAAAACUACCACUAGAGAAACUGAUAGUUGAUUGUAUUUGUAAUGUCAAAUGUU